AUGCUAAUCAAGGCAUUGGAACUCAACCCAUUAUAUUUGCAACUUCAUAUAAAGCAUAUUUCUAGAAUCCUCACACGUCGACCAUAACUCAACUCACUCUCUAAAUGGAAUUAAAAAAUGAUGACGUUGCGAUAUUGGUGGACGACAAGCAACUGCGGAGGCUUGCUAAGCUACUGUUGAAUCGAGAAGAAUCGCUGAUGGCAAAUAUAGAGUCAGGGCCUGAACGUAACAAAUACCUGAAACAAUGCAAUGAAUCCUAUGACAAAGUGAUUAGUCUGCUUGAAAAUGCCAACGAUAUUAAGAGCAAGUAUGAAGAUCACAGAACGAAGGCCGAAGAUCACAAAACGAAAGCCGAUGUUGCUGAGACCAUCCAUUAUUAUUUGAAAUAUGCCAUUAAUAUGAGCAUGCAGUGUAUCAGAAACUGUUGUUUGCGAGCGAGCGCUGUUAGCAAAAUUAGUACUCACUACACCGAAAUGGCUGCUAAACUUUUGGAGACAGACCCCGGAGACAUGGUUGAGAUUCAACGUUUGUUUGAAGAAGCAGAACUUUACGCAAAGCAGACAUUGGAGACCGCUGAAAACUGCAGAAGUGGAUCUGCUCGAGCUCUCUCAAAGAUAUUUUCCCAGAGUCUCAAGGAUACAGGCACCACAUUUCCGGAAAUGCUCAAUGAUUACAAGAACCGGCUUGGGUAUACGUCAAUUGAAUUUGAGGAAUUGGAAGAUGCUCAGAAGAUUUUGGUAUACAAUAGUAUCAUUACAGAUUCCAAAAGAGCAGUACUACCAACAUUAGAAACUUUAGCUGGAGGAGCCGGGGUUGCAGUGCUACUGGUGUGCGCAGGGUUAAUGGUAUGGGACAUAUUUACAGCUGAACACCAGCUUGAGGCUGUUCUGACCAACGCCUUAUCGGCAAUAUCAGAGAUUGGUGCCUUCACAGUACAGGUGUUGGUAGAAGCAGCAGUGAGUGAAGCAGUGGCAGAUUUGGAACUAGGGGUGUUCGUUGUCGCAGUUUCCGGGUUUGUGGUGGGCACUGCGUCGGGGCUUCUCUUUAUUGCUGCUAGUGGUUUUUUGGUGGAUCUUAUUUUUGAAUCAGGGGGUAAAAAACCACCACCUGUGGAGGGUCAACACUUCUAUUCUACCAUAAUGCCUGAUGGCAUGGCUAUUGCUAAUCAAAUUGCUUAUGAUGGAGAAGCACAAGCGGUGCAAGCUAUAGGGCCUAAAACCUAUUUUUAGUGUUACGUUUUUGUUUCAUUCAUCAAAAAAAGUCGAUCGAACUCGACUGUGUGAUUGUGUAAUUGAUUUUUGUUUGUUUUAUUUGAUAAAUAAAGGAUUUGAAAUUCCAAAAUUCUCAUUCGCACAGGUUUAAAGGAUUGCGUUUGCCACUUAAUAGUGGCAGAUCUAGGAUUUCUAACUAGGGGUAGCAUAGAA